UUAGGGGAGUUUGCCUUUUUUCGCACGGAUCGUUUUAACAAUGUCGGAAAUAGUGUUCGAUCCGCGUGCGUAUUGCAAAAUAAUGCUGCACGCCGCCAAGUACCCUUAUUUGGCCGUCAAUGGAUUGUUGGUGGCAGAAACCGGGAAACCUGGCACGAUAGUGGAUGCAGUGCCCCUGUUCCAUCAGUGCCUUCACGUGUCACCGAUGGCCGAAGUGGCCCUCGUUCAGGUAGAGGCAAAAGCCGCCAGAAGAGGUCGCCAGAUUGUGGGCUACUACGUGGGUUCCGAUAACUUUCUGGACAAUCGCUUCGAACGGGCACCGGGAAUCCGGAUUGCGGACAAAAUAGCGGAAAACUGUGCCGAUGCAUGCGUGGCCGUGAUUGACAACACGGCCGUUACGAUUAACAUGCAGUUCCCGGCGUUGCGCAUGUGGCAACAUCGGGAUAACCGUUGGGUAAAGGCGAGAUGUCUGGUGGACAACGAGCGCGUGACGCUCGAUGCCGUUUCCCGAUUGCUGCAGCGUGGCGCGGCCAAGGAGCUGAACGACUUUGACAACUAUCUGGACAACACGCAAAACGACUGGGACAAUGUGCAUUUGAAUGUCGAUUUGAAGCAGAUUCUAGCAAUGUAUUAGAUGCCGCGCUAGGUUUUUUGUCACCUUUACUUUACGUACCAAAUACGAGGAAAAUAUAUUAAACGGAUCCAGUUUGAA